AGAGAGAGAGAGAGAGAGAGAGAGAGAGAGAGAGAGAGAGAGAGAGAGAGAGAGUAGAUGGAUAAGGGAUGUCUGGGCAUUGCGCUCUAUAACAUGGACACUUUCGGUCAGAUAAACAUUCAUAAACAUUCAACCAAUCAAGAAGUCAGACAUGGGUGACAGCAGGGAUAAUACAAAAAAUUAUAUCCUUUACCGUAAGGAUGCAUUCGCAAAACAUAGAACCUAAAAUUACCUCUAGUGAUCUGCAAUUUAAAAUGUGUUGGCCAAACGUGAGGAUGUCAUGAUGCAAAUACAAUACAAUCCAAACCUGGGACACCCCUUGUGAUGGUAAUGGUGGAGGUAAUCAAACAACUGUCAAAGAUUUCCGCAUUGGUUAAACAGUGUUGUGUUCACAUUGGUCUGUGCUUAACACAGCAGAUACACACGCACACACACACGCACACACGCGCACACACGCACGCACACACACACACACACACACACACACACACACACACACACACACACACACACACACACACACACACACACACACACACACACAGACACGCAUGCCUCUGAGGUACAAGCUCAUCACUCAUUAGUAACUGAUCUUCUGUUUAGUUUUAAUAGUUGAGUUUAAAAUAAUUUUAGAUGAAAGUUUUAACAAAUACUUCACAGUACAAUUGUUAACGAAUAAACAAAUAUAAACGUAACAAAAACAAAAAAAAGUUUUGGUGUACUGAAAAAAACUAAGAAUACGCUAAUCAGCGACCACGUACACACGGCGUCACGUUGUUCAGGCCGCGCGCUUCCUGUAUUGGUUAAUUGGAAUCGCCAUUCUCACAGUUCAGGUUUGUUCAGGUAGUCGAUCAGGGCUCGUGAUCCGACGAGCUGCUCGAAUCACGCAUUAGCUGCUCCCGACAGAGAAUGAUAGACGGAUAUAGAGUUACAGGCGGAGGUUACAGCGAACAUGACGGCCAUCUGUGGCUCCACUUCGCUCAUCGGUACCUGUGCCCUCUCGUGUUUUGUCUUCUUAAUGUGUUCCACGUUCACCGGAGUCGUAGCCGAGCCACGAAUGACCUCUCCCCUGCCUCAGCCCACGUCGAAGCAGAGAAGUUUUCGGAACCAGAGCCAGAAUAGUGACGCCAGACACAAAAGUUCGUACCACCGCCCGCUGACCCCCGAGCAGAAGGCGGACCAGAACCUGCAGUUCAUGCUGAGUCUGUACCGGAGCGCGGCCGAACCGGACGGCAGGCUCAAGCAGUACCGGAGGUUCGGCUCCAACACGGUUCGCAUGCUGAAGCCGUCGGUCCUUUCUCAGCACCACCUGACUACCUCGAAAGAACACCACUACACCUUCACAGUAGAGUACAGCCUGGACUCCCUCCCACUGGAGCAGCUCAUCCGAGCCUCCUUCCUCCACUUCCGCUCUUCCUCCUCCUCCGGGGCCCACGGGGCCUCUCCCCUGCCCCCGUGCAUGGCCCGGGUUGCCUCCCUGGGUGUGACGCACCACGGCAGCCGCCCUCCUCCAGGGGAGAGUGUCCCCCUCCAGCUCCAUCACCAGUGGACCGAGACGGACGUCACGGCUCACGUCAGCCGGCACAUCCUCCAGAGAACCAGCCAGACCAGCCUGACCCUCGUGGCCCAGUAUCGGUGCAUCGAUCCUGGCUACGCCGACGGAGCAGGGGACUACUACUCCUGGCGGAGCGAGGAGGCCUCCCCGUCGUGGAGGAGGAUGAUGUUGAAGCAGGGGUGGAGGAUGCGGCGGCGGAGGAGGUGGGGCCGCCCAACAGGGGGCGUGGCCGGCUACCACCUGGAGGCUCCGUCGCUCCUGCUGUACCUGGAGGAGCGGCGGGAGAGCCAGGACUGGAUGAAGGAGCUGCUGGCGGGUGAGGGCGAGAGCGUGGCCCGGCUGUGGAGCCCGCUGAGCUACGCCUCCCACCACCGCCAGCGGGCUCGCCGCAGCAUCGAGGAGCCUUCGGAAGAGUCCCUGCUGGGCGCCAGAGCCUUCUCCCCCGAGGCCCUCAAAGACGCCGUCGCCGUCGCCGCCUCCUCGCCGUCCAACGCCUCGUCCCAGUGGGCGGGCGACACCUACGAGGCGGUGCCGGGCAGGCCCGGGUACCGGCGCAAGACGAGCCUGCCUCGCAACCCCUGCCGGCUGCACUCGCUGCGGCUGUCCUUCGAGGCGCUGGGCCUGGGCCAGUACUUCAUCGCGCCGCCCGUGUACAACCCGCGCUACUGCCAGGGCGAGUGCCCGCGCGUGCUGCACUACGGCUACCACUCGCCCAACCACGCCAUCAUCCAGAACGUGAUGCGGGAGCUGGGCGUGAGCGAGGACGUGCCGGCGCCGUCCUGCGUGCCCUACAAGUACAUGCCGAUGAGCGUGCUGGUGCGGAACAAGAAGCGCGUGGAGUACCGCGAGCUGGAGGACAUGAUCGCCGAGUCGUGCACGUGUCGCUAGCCGGGGGGGG